GCCGGCUAAUUCUCCCCCACUUCUUCCGUUGGAAAACUCUGCAGCUUCUUCAUCUGACGGAUACUGGAAAAAAUGGCGGUCCGGCGAGAUAAUUCUGCUCCGGUGGAGCCGUGGAACGAGUUGACCGGAAAAGUGGUGAUGGUGACCGGAGCCUCAACGGGGCUGGGGCGGGAGUUCUGUGUGGAUCUUGCUAGAGCUGGAUGCAAAAUCAUCGCUGCUGCUCGCCGUAUCGAUAAACUCCGAUCUCUCUGCGACGAAAUUAAUGGACUAGAUUUCUCCAGUUCCUUGUUGGUAUCCUCCGCCCCUGCCUCGUCCAAUGCCGCGGCGGAGAGCCACCGUGCUGUGGCAGUGGAGCUCGACGUUAGCUCGGAUGGAAAGACUAUCGAGAAGUGCGUGAAAAAAGCUUGGGAUUCUUUUGGUUUCAUCGAUGCUUUGGUUAACAAUGCUGGAUUAAGAGGUACAGUAGAGUCUUCACUCAAUUUGUCUGAAGAGGAAUGGGAUCAAGUAUUAGACACAAAUCUUAGAGGAGCUUGGUUGGUGUCGAAAUAUGUGUGCAUACACAUGCGUGACACCAAUCGAAGUGGAUCCAUCAUCAAUAUUUCUUCGAUCACAGGCGUUAACAGAGUGCAACAACCAGGAAGCAUUGCCUAUGCUACUUCAAAGACGGGCUUAAACACUUUAACAAAGGUUAUGGCAAUGGAACUAGGAAGAUACAAAAUCAGGGUGAAUUCCAUAUCACCUGGACUGUUUAAAUCUGAGAUUACAAAGAACCUUAUGGAGAAAUAUUGGCUUAAGAAUGUAGUGCGAAGAACAGCACCUUUAAAAACAUUAGGAACUUGUGAUCCUGCAUUAACAACACUACUUCGAUAUCUGGUACACGACUCUUCUAGUUACGUUUCAGGCAAUAUUUUCAUUGUCGAUGCAGGCACCACAUUACCCACCAUUCCAAUUUUCUCAUCCCUUUGAAGAAAGUUUCUUUCUUCAAAUUUGCACCAAGUUUUCCACACCCUUUUGAAGAUUGUUUGAUGUCGACAUUGAUUGCA